AUGAGUGUAAGUCUUUCUGGUCUCUACAGUCUGCCGAGUUCUGGGGAAGCAUCCAGUUCUGGGGACUCCUUGGAACCAGUACCUGCGGUUCUUCAUCCUGAGGAAAACUAUUCUUGCUUACAAAUGUCUGCUACUAAGAUGCUCCGAGAAGAGACUGCUUCUCCUCGCCCUUUCUGUGUGGACCUACCUCUUCAAGACAGCCCUGACUCUUCUAGCAAUCCCGAACUAAAGCUGUCUAGUCCUGAGGCUGAUGAGGGCCCUGAGAAGAAGGAAGAGAACAAAGUCCUCCCAAGGAAGCAGGAGAUGCGGACUGUGUUCUCUCAGGCCCAGUUGUGUGCACUCAAGGACAGGUUUCAGAGGCAGAAAUACCUCAGCCUUCAGCAGGUGCAAGAACUCUCUGCUAUUCUGAACCUUAGCUAUAAGCAGGUUAAGACCUGGUUUCAAAACCAAAGGAUGAAGUGCAAGCGUUGGCAGAAUAACCAAUGGUUGAAGACUAGCUACGGUCUGACUCAGAAGGGCUCAGCACCAGUGGAGUAUCCCAGCAUCCAUUGCAGCUAUCCCCAGGGCUAUCUGGUGAACACAUCUGGAAGCCUUCCAAUGUGGGGCAGCCAGACUUGGACCAACCCAACUUGGAGCAGCCAGACCUAGACCAACCCAACUUGGAGCAGCCAGACCUGGACCAACCCAACUUGGAGCAGCCAGACCUGGACCAACCCAACUUGGAGCAGCCAGACCUGGACCAACCCAACUUGGAGCAGCCAGGUCUGGACUACUCAGUCUUGGGGCAGCCAGACUUGGAAUGCUGCUCCCCUCCAUAACUUUGGGGAGGACUCUCUGCAGCCUUAUGUGCAGUUGCAGCAAAACUUCUCCGCCAGUGAUUUGGAGGCAAAUUUGGAAGCCACUAGGGAAAGUCAUGCACAUUUUAGCACCUCACAAGCCUUGGAAUUAUUCCUGAACUACUCUGAGAAUCCACCAGGAGAAAUACGAGGCUUACACAACAACUGGGCUUAA